AUGACAAGCCAAGCAAUUGUGGUGCGAGAGCCUGCUCAGCCUGGAGGAGUGAAUUGGUCGCUUGAGCAAGUCGAGGUUGGGUCCCCAGGCGAUGACGAGGUACUAGUGGAGAUAUAUGCUGCAGGCAUCUGUCACACGGACAUUGUUCUUUCAAGUGUCCCAGCUGGAGUGGCUGGGAUUCAAUAUCCCAAGGUUGUGGGCCAUGAAGAACCAUUUCAACCGCAAAGUUGUUUCGGUGCCGGCAUUGUGCGUGGUGUGGGAAAGGAUAUCCAGUCGGUGCAAGUCGGAGAUCCAGUUCUGUUGUCAUUUGACUAUUGUUCAACUUGUCAGCAAUGCGAGACUUCUCAUCCGGCAUAUUGUGACUCUUUUACACCGAAGAACUACGUUGGUCAGCAGGGAUCCAUGAAAACUCACGGGGGCGAAAACAUUUGGUCAAACUUCUUUGGCCAGUCUAGCUUUGCGCAGUAUAGUGUUGUUAAAACAGCCAGCGUGGUUAACGUCAAGGAUCUUAUCCAGGAUCUCAGUGAGCUCAAGUUGUUUGCCUCCCUUGGUUGUGGCCUUCAAACCGGAAUGGGCGCAAUCACAAAUAUAAGCCAAGCAGGCCCAGACGACAUCGUCUUGAUUUCCGGAAUGGGUGCAGUUGGAAUGGCCGCUCUCAUGGAUACGAUUCAUGAGUGUACCUCAAAGACAGCAAAUAUCACAAAAUGCAAAGCUAUCAUUGCAGUGGACAAAGUCAAAUCUCGCCUUCAGCUAGCAAAAGCGCUAGGUGCAACCCAUACAAUCGACACGAGUGAUGCAGGGUAUCCAACACUGGGUGACGCCGUUCGAAGCCUGGUGCCCACUGGUGCAUCCAUCGCGAUAGACACUACUGGCGUGCCAUCUAUCAUUGAGCAGAGUAUCCAGUCGACACAAGCUCGGGGAAAGACGGUACUGAUAGGCGUGCCGCCGUGGGACUAUAACCUGGGUGUCAAUGCCGUGGAGCAUGUGAAUGCUAAGGAUUAUCAAAAAUCCCUUGAUAGCAUGAAAGAUGGAAGCGCCAUCAAGCCAGUCUUGAUUUGGAAAGCCUAG